AUGGUGACUGCAAAGAAGAUGAAAAAGUCCGUGGAGUUGAUGAACUCUAGGCUCCAACUUGCUCUGAAAAGUGGGAAGCAUGUGCAGGGGUACAAGCAGACUCUCAGGAUGAACAGGCAGGGCAACGUGAAACUGGCCAUCCUCACCAACAACUGCCUGGCCCUGAGAAAUCUGAAAUACUAUGCUGUUGACCCAAACAGCAGCAAUAAUGCUGAGAGAUACAGAAUGUGAACACACUGCAGAGAAUGCACGCAGACUCUCAUUGACCCAGUGAGUCUGAUAUUAAGAAGCAUGUCAGAACAAGCUGGAGAGAAAGCUGAAGAGGAAGUGAAGGGCCUGGAGGACGUGAGGAUGUGGAAGAAGACUGUGAACAGGAUAUGGAAUGAUGCCAUGCCUCGGAUCGACCCAUGA